AUGCCGGGGGGCUGGCAGGUGCCAGCGUGGGUGGCCCUGCCUCCCCGUGGGGACGCUCUCAGCCCCUCGUUCCAGGCAGGGGCCCGGCUCCCCAGCGUGGGUCCUAAUAAACCGCCUCGGAGCCCACUCAGAGCCCACGUCUCUCCUUUCCCGCACGCGGGCACAGCCCGUCCUGGUGGCUGUGGGCCCCACUGCCCUGGCCUCCCUGGGCACCCGGCUCUGUGCCCCGCCUCCCCCCCCCCCCCCCAACGGCCCCCAAACCAAACCGCGUGUCGCCGCCCAGACCUGCCGCCCGGCUCACCGUUCCCGACACCAGCUCCCUGGCCCUGGAGGGCCGCCAGCGCCGUGGGCUCCUCCCUGUCCUCUUCUGCGGUGUCCGUCCCUGUGUCCCCCUUCCGAUUCUCACCAGCCGGCCACGUCCGUCUGGCAAUCGUGACCCUGGCUCCCAGAGCCGUGCUGGCCCCCGGCAGGUGCCGGGAGGUUGGGGUGUGCGUGUCAUUGCGGCACAGGCUUCCUCACCCCCAGGGGCCUCCGUUCCAGCCGUUGGGCCGGCGCCAAGCUGGCUCCAAGACGGGCUCUUGGGGGCCCUCAGAGCUGCCAGCGGAGGCUGCUUGUGAGCCCCCCGUCCUGACGCGUCACGCCCGCUCCGGGUGUGUGACCCUGAGGGAGCCUCCCGUGUUCACCAGACUCAGCCCCAGUGACUCGUGGGUGUUUCUGACAGGUCCGGGGGUGUGCCCAGGGGACCUGAGGAAUGAGCCUGUGCCUGCUUACCCAGGUCCCCAGAGCCUGGCCCAGCAAAGGCGGUGAUGGCAGGGACGAGAGGCCAUUACUGAGCGCCUGCCAGGCACCACGGAAUGUAAAUAGUCCGGCGGAAAGCGAAGAACGAAGGACAAGGAGCAGAAGGUGUGGACGUGGUGAACCGUGUCCGUGCUGGUCUGGCGGCCACGGCCUUGGUGGUCACGCGACAGCCUGGGCUUCUGGGGUCACUGUCUGUCACCCAGAGGCAGGUGUCCUCACUCCCAUCGCACCAGGAACCACGCGAGGGCCCCGUGGAUGCUUCCAGGGGUCUGCGUGUCCAUCCCCCACGCUUGGGCCUGGAAGCCCUGUUUGUCUGCCUUCCAGGCGAGUGUCCCUCGGCCACCCUCCACCCGGAGCAGCUGUCCCCGCCUGCACAUGGGGUCGUUCGGGGCUCGGGAGGGCCUGAACCAGCACCUCGUGGGGUGCUGGAGAAAGGAUUGCAGGUUGUCCUUUCCCCCCAGCUUUUUGAGCUGUGAUGCACACACGCCAACGUGUAAGUGUAGGCAUUCCGCGUGACUGUCCGUGUGUGUCGUAAGCGGUCACCGCAGAGCACGGCUAGUCAGCGCCUCAGUGCCUCGUACGUCGUGUGUGUGCGUGAGGGUGUGGCGUGAGGGUGUGCGGGGGGGUGUGUGUGAGGGCCUGCAGGGGGGUGUGGGGUGUGUGCACGCGUGUGUAUGCGUGAGUGCACUUUCCUUAUCCGUCCGUCCCCGGGUGCAGUGUUUCCACGUCUUGGCUGUUGUGCGUGUGGCAGUGGUGCACGUGGGGGUGAGACGUGUUUUCUAGGUAGUGCUUUCCUCUCCUACAGGUGAUCACUGACCACCGGUCGCUCAGCGAGCCUCCCGUCGGGAGCGCUGGGGCAGGGGAGGGGGCUGGCGGGCCCGGCCCGGGGCGGGGGGGGGGGGGGCUGCCCACCUGGUUCCUGGC